GAGACCCUCCUCUGUCCCCACAACCAGACAUUGAGCUGUGAUGAUAUCCAUUCCCUUUGUCUAUUCUCAACUAAAAGUGAACAGUGUUACUUCACAAAUGUCGUCACUCAACGUCAGUGACCUUCAUCCUAAAGUGACUGAGUCUCCAUCUGCUGUUCCUGCUCCAGUCCUGAAGCCCCUGAACAUCUACAUGUUGGAGUCGGCUGAUCUGGAUGAACAGAGCAGGAUGCUGUAUGAGUACAUGCUACCCCUUGUGGAGGAAAUCCAUCCUUCUAGGGCCAAAGACAUAACAUGUUUACUUAUACAAGGAGCGAACAACUAUGACCUGCUUAAUAUGAUUGCGGAGCCCAACUAUCUGCGUGCCCAGGUCGAGCAGAUUGUUGCUGUGCUUCAGGCGAGGGAAGCUGGACAGGACGUGCAUUUUCCAGCACCCAAGAACAACAAUAUGAGGAGGCGAAUGAAGAAGUACAUCCAAUAAAUUCAGUAAAC